AGAAUGUAAAACCGUUCCGUCAUCUUUACAGGAACAAACACUAGGACUCUACAGCUUGACAAAACAACUUGAGCUUUGCGAGUCUUAGAGUAUCUAAUACAAUCCAGGGAAGGUUCUCGUCAUGAAAGCAUACAGUGUAUUGUUUGUCAUCACCGUGUUUGGAUGUGUAUUCCUAGCAUCCUGCACGGAGGAGAAAUCAGAUGAAAAGUCCACCCCGGCACCGGUGAAGUGGGGUGUCCGAUUUUCGGACAAGGAGCCCUGCAUGUGCGCUGACCCAACUGGCACACCCCACCACGCCCGCCCAUCUCACCACCCCCAUCAGCCCAAGACACACCACAAACACAACAAGGACCAUCACCACGGUCGCCGUAAUCAGAAGCGCCGCAUGCAUACCCCUAUGUACUGCAAGUGCCUGCCUAAGAUGACAGAGAAGAAGUUUGCCGUCAAAAUGACCUUCAACAUGACCUUCGUGGAUGAGAUGAAGGAUGUAAAGUCCAUCCAGGCUCAGAAGCUGAUUGGACAAGUUGAGACAAUGAUUCGUAAAAUCCUGAAACCCAAAAAGAUUGGCAACUGGAAGUUGUUCAAAGGCAGCGUGAUCGUGUCCUACGAGUUGACCUACGACAUGGCCUCCACCGAGAACCCUGAACCUGCUAUUCGGGCUGCUAUCAAGAAGGGCGAGUUGAAGGAGCUCAAGGUCGUGGAGGAGCAUGUUUACGUACAAGACGCUUACCCAGGCGUGAAAAUUGGACAAUGGCAGACGAACGAGGACGACCACGAGGAAAUGUGCGAGGAUUACCACUACAAGCACGGCAAGGCGGGAGAAGAAAAGAUGAUGAAGGAAGAGUGCAUCGUGCUGCAAGAAAGGUCGUGCUAUGAAGUGAACAACUCCUGCGAGGGAAUACUGCUCAAGCGAGAGGUGUCUUGCUUCCAUGGCUGCAGCAAGUCCUGGUGGGACUACGGAUGCUGGCGUUACACUCAUGGCCACCGUGUUAUUUACCUCGUGUGUGGUGUGAUUGCCGCCAUAAUGAUGUUAACCCUCAUCAUCUCCCUUGUCGUCAGGAAGAGAUCCUUGCGGUAUGUAGAGAAGAGGACCUCGUCUGACAGCGACCUCAAGCACCUUACUGACGCAGAUUACUGUGCUGGUCCCUUGCCAACCAAGACCCCCCUGGCUUGAGCUAAUGGGUCUCCUGGUCAGAAGAGCCAUAAUCAGGACCCCCUGGCUUUUAAAAGACAUGGGCAUUAGCUCCACACUUGCACGGCUACCCAGAGAGUUGCUUGAUAACCUCCUACUUGCACGUAUUUAUAACAGGGUAUUCAUUCAUUCACUCAGUUUUGAUAUCAAAUACAGUCCAGUAGAACCUCGAUAACGAGAACUUUUAUAAAUCCAACUCCCUCUUCCUAACUUUUUUCCCCCUAAUUUAGCUCCUUAGUUCCUUAAUUUCUAUUCGGAUAAUUCGAACUCCGUGCUUAUUCUUGAAAAUAGUUCGAAGUUCCCAAGAGACCAAAUUUAGAGUCAUCUCCACAUGGACAAUUCGAACUUCCCGCUAGCCAAAAAUUGGUUCCUUUAAAAAUCCGAGUUAACGGGGUUCCACUGUAAAUACUUAUUGCUACAGUUCCGAUAAUUCAGUUUCUAGUAAUCUUUUAGAUGAGUGGCUAUUGUAAAUAUAAUUUUACAUGUUUCUGAGUUGCACACUGAUCUGGAGGCUGCACGUUUUGUACAGUGAAAUGAGUUUGGACAAAUUUACGUUCAACGGCUUACAUUUAUGAUUUCAACCUGUAUUAGAAUUUCAACCUGUUGUAAUGUUUGAAAAAUCAUUUUAGAAAACGUGUCAUUUGUAGCAUCACUUGCAUUUCAUUAACCUAAUAAAACCACAAUAAAAACUUUGAAAAAAUAAA